UCCUUCAUGUCAACAGAACCCACAACAACCAUGACUUUUAUCACCAUCUUCAUCUGGACACUGGCACUCUGCUUUCAAGAAUCCAGAGGACAGUACACUGUGACUCAGACUCCUGCAGUGAAAGCUGUUCUCCCAGGAGACACAGUCUCUCUGAACUGUAAAACCAGCAGUAAUGUGUAUAACAAUAACUAUCUAGCCUGGUACCAACAGAAACCUGAAGGAGCUCCUAAACUCCUCAUUUACUAUACAAGCACCCUUCAGUCUGGGAUUCCAUCUAGAUUCAGUGGCAGUGGAUCUGGGAGUGACUUCAUUCUGACCAUCAGUGGAGUCCAGGCUGAAGAUGCAGGAGAUUACUACUGUCAGAAAUCCAGAGGACAGUACACUGUGACUCAGACUCCUGCUGUGAAAGCUGUUCUCCCAGGACAGCCAGUCUCUCUGAACUGUAAAACCAGCAGUAAUGUGAAUGGCGCAGGAGGCUCUUAUCCCCGUCUAGCCUGGUAUCAACAGAAGCCUGGAGGAGCUCCUAAACUCCUUAUUUACAAUGCUAAAACACUUCAGUCUGGGACUCCAUCUAGAUUCAGUGGCAGUGGAACUCAUAGUGACUUCACUCUGACCAUCAGUGGAGUCCAGGCUGAAGAUGCAGGAGAUUACUACUGUCAGAGUUACCACAGUGGUGGAGUGUUCACACAGUGA